AUGGAGAAGCAGAAAGAUAGACCAGACGCCGGAUUGAGGUCGCUCGAUCACUACAAGCUCAGACUGCCGUCAUGGCGGUACCAAUUCAGAGAACAGCUCCUCCCGAUUGUGCGAUGGGAGACCCCAUAUGUUGCGUGGCUGCAAGAUACCCUACGGUCUGGUGCCCUUGACACCUACUUCGCCUUUACGGCCAAUCUGGGAACACACACAUUUUUCAUGAUCAUGUUGCCGAUACUCUUCUGGUGUGGGAAUACACGCUUGGCAAGGGCGAUGGUACAUGUCCUAGCUGCGGGCGUCUUCUUCAGCGGCUUCAUCAAGGACCUCUUAUGUCUGCCUCGUCCCUUGUCACCUCCCCUGACUCGAAUCACCAUGUCUGGUUCUGCUGCCCUCGAGUAUGGCUUUCCAUCUACACAUUCCACCAAUGCCGUUUCCGUUGCAGUCUACUCUCUGUACUUGCUUCAUCAGCCGAAUGAGAUGGAUCCAAAUGUAAAAUCUGGCCUACAAAUCGCGGCUUAUUUCUAUGCCAUUUCCAUCGUUCUCGGCCGGCUUUACUGUGGUAUGCACGGCUUCUUCGAUGUGAUCUGGGGAAGCGCCCUUGGUGCCGUCCUGGGCCUGGUGCAGGCUGCGUACGGCCCGACAUUUGAUGACUGGCUCCAUGCAGGAGAUUUGAAAAGAGUCUUGCUUGUCAUACUGAUCAUUCUCGUGCUGGUUCGAAUCCAUCCCGAGCCGGCCGAUGACUGCCCGUGUUUCGAUGACAGCGUCUCCUUUGCUGGCGUCUUCAUCGGCUGCGAAUAUGCUGGGUGGCACUUCGCUCGAACAUCAUACGCCUGGUCCUUACCCACCAAAGGUACCAUUCCAUUCGAUCUCCAGAAGAUGGGGUGGCUGGUUUUAGUGGCUCGCAUCGUUCUUGGGGUGCUUGUCAUUUUUGCAUGGAGAGGCAUUAUGAAACCGACUUUACUCAAAGUUCUUCCGCCAAUUUUCCGAGUCAUUGAGCAAUUCGGUCUUACCUUGCCACGACGGUUCUUCAAGCCAGCCUCGGAAUAUGAGACUAUACCGAGACAGCCAAACGACGACAACAUCAUCCCUCAGGCAAGGGAGAUUCCUGGACUGCUGUCCAACUUUCGUCGCCGGCGAGCGAUAUCUGUUGGCCCUCAAUCCGAAGCCGAUGCAUAUGAAACACUGGCGUACCGCAACAAGAAAAGAAGGGACAGUUUAAAUGCGCCCGAGACACUGAGUUCCACCAAGGAAGAAGUCUCGCCUUCGCCCUCACUGGAUUGUGGUUAUUUUGAGAAUAAGGAUACAAGUCAUGGCAGGAAAAGAUCAAGCAGUGUCGAGAUGUUUAGAGCACAGAUGGGCACCGGUGUCGAAGCACUUUCACCAUUACCCGUGUUACCACCGGGUGAGGAAGCACAGAAUCCUCGAGAUGUUUCAUCAGCGGAUGAGUUACAAGAGCAACGAAUUUUCUCGACAAUACAGAGGCCGAGAGUCAGGUACGAUGUGGAGGUGGUGACCAAACUAAUUGUCUAUUCUGGGAUCGCGUGGUGGGCAAUAGAAGGCAUUCCCAUCUUAUUCAAGCAUGUCGGCCUUGCUGUUGAAUGA